UUCAUACCAUAUAUUAACAACAACAAAAACUAAGAAGAAAAAAAAGAAAGGAAAUUAAAUUUAAUUAUAAUGGGAAACACGUUCUGUUUCUUCUGCGGUUGCGUUGAACAAUCGAGCGUUGGUGUUGUUGAACAGUGGGGUCGUUUUCACAGAUUGGCUCAACCUGGUUUUCAAUUCUUUAAUCCCUUCGCCGGUGAAUGUCUCGCCGGUAUUCUCUCCACUCGGAUCGCAUCUCUCGAUGUUAAGAUCGAAACUAAAACUAAGGACAACGUGUUUGUGCAAUUGUUAUGUUCGAUUCAAUACCGUGUGGUGAAGGAAAAUGCAGAUGAUGCUUUUUAUGAGUUACAAAACCCGCAGGAACAGAUCCAGGCUUAUGUUUUUGAUGUGGCGCGUGCUAUUGUUCCGAAAAUGAGUUUGGAUGAUUUGUUUGAGCAAAAAGGCGAGGUUGCCAAAGCUGUCUUGGACGAACUUGAAAAGGUGAUGGGAGAGUAUGGAUAUAGCAUAGAACACAUACUGAUGGUUGAUAUUAUACCUGAUCCUUCUGUGCGGCGGGCGAUGAAUGAGAUCAAUGCAGCUCAAAGGAUGCUACUUGCAAGUGAAUUCAAAGGAGAAGCUGAAAAGUUGCUUCUGGUUAAAAAGGCAGAAGCAGAAGCCGAAUCAAAGUAUUUGGGUGGCGUUGGUGUGGCGAGGCAGCGGCAAGCUAUCACAGAUGGACUGAGAGAGAACAUCUUGGAAUUCUCUAACAAGGUAGAAGGCACUUCAGCUAAAGAAGUGAUGGAUCUUAUCAUGAUUACUCAGUACUUUGACACAAUCAGAGACCUUGGAAACUCUUCAAAGAAUACCACAAUUUUUAUACCUCAUGGACCAGGCCAUGUUAGGGAUAUCGGCGAGCAAAUACGCAAUGGAAUGAUGGAAGCAUCAUGCGCUCAAGUAACCGAUAUCGAGUGAUUUUGUAAAAUUGCCUUUUAUCAAAGUACACACCACCUUUCUAUCACUCUCACACAUCAUAGUAAUAUAUGUGUAUAUGUAAUAUGUUUCUGUUGGAUUUUGUGGAAGUGCAGUUUUGAACAGUUUGAAGUUGUAAAUUUAGAUGGUUGAGUUGUACUAUACAAUCUCUGUAACCAUGCUAUAGAUUCCUUGAUAUUUUGAUGUUAUGACAAUUCAAAAGAUGAUAUUGAUAUGUAAUCUUGUGUUUUGGGAACUGAUUUUUUUC